UCCGCCCCCCGAGUAGGGACCUACAGCGGGCGGCCGCGGAGGCGGCAGCGGUGGCCUGCGGCCGGCGGUGUAGACGCUCCUUCCCGGGACCCCGACCCGGCGGCUCGUGUUGCCUGGAAUAUCAGAGAAUUGGAAACAGUCAUAUUUUGGGAUCAUGACCUACUGUGGUGGUUUAUGAAAAAAGAUAAUAUGUUCCUGGGAAGCCAGCUACGAAGUAUACUGAAGGAUGCUUCCUAAGAGUUUUAUCAUGUCUCUCCGGAUUUCAGUGGCCUCUUUUUAGAAAUGCAAAUGAAGAAGAUGAAGGAUAGUGGACAGCAGUUGUGGACUACACAAGUGGAUGACAGACACAAUUCCUUGACCAUGUCGCUCAAACAGCCUAAUGCUAAUCGAGCGACUCGCCCAGAUAGACAAGAAGCUCAGACUCUUCUGUAUCAAGUCUCCGAGGCAGAGGCUGCCACGAUGACCGUUGCCACAUGUGUGAAGUGUAAAAGUGUGUACAAGAUCCCACUUCAGGAUCUGAAAAAGGAUACUGGGCAAAGCCAAAAGGAGGACAAAUAUGUUUGCUUCAAAUGCAGCCUAGGUGUGGCCCCUCCCCAUUUCCAUUUUGUGAACAAUAAUCACAGUGCUACUCACAUAGGGAAUAAACCGGAAACCAUCUCAAGUUCUGUCAAUAACAAAUUUAAGGUAAGGAACUUUAAGCCAGGCAAAUACUAUUGUGAUAAAUGUCGAUUUUCCACGAAGGACCCUCUGCAGUACAAAAAGCACACCCUUCAGCAUGAAGAGAUUAAAUUCAUUUGUUCUCACUGCAGCUACAUUUCUUACACUAAAGGGGAGUUUCAGAGGCACUUGGUGAAACACACAGGCAUUUUCCCUUAUCAAUGUGAGUACUGUGACUAUGGUGCUAUUAGAAAUGACUACAUUGUCAAACACAGGAAGAGAGUCCACGAGAAGGCUGGUGGAAAACGGCUGCCCAAAACCGUUGCCAAGCUGGAGCCAAAAAGAAUCAGUGCAUCCAAGCAAAACCCAGAGCUUUUAAAAGCUUCCAGUCCAAGGACUGCGUUUCAAAAUAAGUUGUCAGAUCAACUUUCAAGGUUCUCCCUCCAUUCAAAUAAAGACAGAAUGCACAACAUAAUGUUAUUACCUGAAUCAAAGGAGUACCAAAAAGACGUCGUGUGCAUUCCAAAUAAAGUGACGCUGUCAGAGCCCAAUGAAGUCAACCUGUUUGAGAACAAAAGUGUGGAGGUGGAAGUGUUAUCCCCUGCAAAAGAGCCUGUUCAGCCGGGAAUGCCAUUAACGGUUGUGGCACCAGCGGAACUAAUCGUCCCUGCAAACUGUUUAGCCCAGUUGAUAGAUGUGAAGGUUGUCAAUGGAACACAGCAGCUUGUGCUGAAACUGUUUCCUCUGGAAGAAAAUAAUUGCCUUGCUGCUGGUGGGGGUGAUGGAGGUAAUUCUGAACAUGUGACUAAAGAGAAAGAUUCAAGCGAACAGGAAAAAAUGGCUUCUGCAGAACAAACGAAGUCACUAAGGAUCGAAGGGAAUGUUGGAAAACUUGCAGGCAUCCAUAAUCUUCAGUCAUCCGUUCAGAAACAACUUAAAAACGUGAAAUGGGUAAGGUCUUAUGACUUUUUCACGUCAAAUUCUAGCGUGCACAGUGGUGGAGAAUCCUUUCUCAACCCUGAUAGAGUUGAGGGUUUGCAGAAAAAAGGUUAUACAUAUCCACAAAGAACUGCUCUUCCUUCCAUUGCCUUAAAAGGUCAUUCUCCAUCAUCUCUAAUAAAAAAUGGUAUUUUAAGUGGUCUUGGAACUACGUCAAACUCUUUUCCAUAUAAAGCUGCCGUUUCUUUUACUGAUGAUGGAAGAAAUUUACACAGUGACUCACAGCAGUUAUUUCCUCUUGCUGCAUCGCCUGCAACCAUUUCCUUCUCUGGAGAAAAGGACUCACUGCCCCUAAGUAAAAAGGACAUGGAAUCUAGAAAUGAGAUCAGUUUUCCUGUAAAAAUGGCUCCCCCUAAUAAGAAGCUGAAACAUAACCAGACACAGGAACACAAGGCAGUUUCAAAUACAGGCCAGAUUUCCUCUCAACCUAAAAGUGAGUAUUUACACAUAAACAUAACGGGAGAAGGUGGAAUCAGAUCUCAACAGUCUGGGGAUAAACCUUUGGAAUUAAAGAAUUCUGAAAAGACUAAUGACUCCUUCGAAGGCCCAGUCAUCUCAUCAGUGUUUUCUCUGAGCUCUGGAUCUGAAAACGUCCCUGAGGGCGUUAAGUGGAAUAGUUCAACGUCCAAAAUAAAGUCAAUUGAACUCUUGCGCAGAAAGAUAGCCCAGUUAAUUGAAUCCUGUGGCAAGCCUUCAUCUUUGGCUGCAAGUAAUGCACAUCGUCAUUCUGUAGGGAAGGCAUCUAAGGUCACUUCGAAAACUACCUCUGAAGGUAUUCAGGAAAUUAACGUGUCAUUUACCAGCACUGGCUAUUCCACGGGUACUCUCCCGAAACCUCAGGAUGACGUUAGUAUUAAUGGACAGCUUACUCAUCAGCAGAUAUAUCCGCAUCUUGUAGAAGGCAGCAGUGGGAAAACUGAAAGCGGAGUAACCAGGAAGCCACAUUUGGCUCCUCCAGUAUUGAUCCCGAAGGGGGCUGUGUUGAGGGUUCUUAAUUCCUCUGAGAAUUCCCACAUUAUAGAGGCUACAUGUGAAGCACCUGUCAGCAUCCCCUGCAGUGAGACACAGUUAAUAAAACCCAUUCCAUUCUGCCCAGUGAAACAGACAGACUUGGACUUACAGUCUUCGACAAGUGAAAGUGGGCCAAUAGACAUGUCCCAGAAUCAUGAUCUAUCUCUUUGGACUAAAUCAAGAAAAGAGAGUGCUAAUUGUAGCACCAUGCUUAAAAAAACUGGACUCCUGCAUGGACAGCAAGGAAGCAGUGAAAUGAGUAAGCAAGGGAAACUGUUUUCCAGAAGUCUUCCUGUAAGUAAAAAUAAAACCAAACAAGUCAACUCAUCCAAGAAGAAAAGCAAAAUUCAGGCUGAUCCCAGCCGCUGUUUCAAGGAUCCUUCCAUUUUUCAGGUUGCAAGACAACUUCGACUGAUAGCAGCUAAACCAGACCAGUUGAUCAAAUGCCCCCGUCGGAACCAGCCUGUCAUCGUGUUAAACCAUCCUGAUGUCGACUCGCCAGAAGUAUCCAAUGUGAUGAAGGUAAUAAACAAGUACAAAGGCAACGUCCUCAAAGUGGUCCUAUCAGAGAGGACUAGGUGUCAGUUAGGCAUCAGGCGGCAUCAUGUCCGGCUGACCUACCAGAAUGUGGAGGAAGCCAAUCAGAUAAAAAGGCAAAUGAUGUUGAAAAUGAAACUUAAAAAAGUUCAUAAAAACAACUACCAGGUGGUGGAUUCCUUGCCUGAUGACUCAUCACAGUGUAUAUUUAAGUGCUGGUUUUGUGGACGGCUCUACGAAGACCAGGAAGAGUGGAUGAGUCAUGGCCAACGGCAUUUAAUAGAAGCAACUAGAGAUUGGGAUGUUCUUUCUUCCAAGGGCAAAUAAGUGAAAAAUUGGUCUUGGAAGCAAAUUGUUUUUCUUACUUUUAAUGGAUUGUGGUUUGGUUUGUUUGGUCUUGUGUCCCUCCCUGACUCUGUAGGAUAAUACAGACUGCAGGGAUGGGAGGUUGGUUCAAUCUUCAGAUCUUCCUGGGAAUGUGGAGAGCCUGGCGUCUGAGCCUGGUGACUGGACGUCAGAAGGUGUCUGUGGCCCCCGAGGAAGUGCACACAGAUUCACGUGUAUGCAUUUGUCUGGGGCGAAGGGAAACUUCGAACAGAUUUUCAGUGGGAUCUGAGACUUCCCUUUGGUCAGCAACCUUUUUCUGCAUAGAUAAAAAUCAUUUCUAAUCCAUUCAGAGGGGCAAGUUUAGAGUGUUGUACACAUGCUCUUUAUAUAACAAAAUGCUACUGAAGAAUUAAACCCAGGGCUUGGUGUACACAUCCACUUUUUUUUUUUUGCAUUAACUCAUCUCCUGAAUAUUUGGUACAUAAUGGAAAGUAUAUUUUCUACUUUGUUAGUUAUCUUAAGUUUGGUUAUAGAAAAGUGGCCCUUCUUUUAAAUCCCUUACCCACUCUGCAGUGUUGCUAAGUGUUCUGUAUAGCACGGAGAGUUGGGCUUUUGUUGACCCUUUUAAAGAAUAAUUCCACAGGUUGGCCUGAAUUUACUACAACAGCAGGUGUUGUUAGGGGAAGAAAGGAACAUUUUCAGGCUUUUGCUUUCUUUUUAAAUACCUUGGUUUAUGACAGUUGGGGAGGGAAUGUGCCUUUUGCGGGGGGCGGGGGGGGAAGGAGAAGAAAGGGUCACAGAGGGAGAAUAUCUAAAAUUAUCUCCUGUUUGCCCUUACCACUCUCACAAAAGUCAAGUAAGUCUUCAAUUUAAAAUGUGAAUGAACAGGCUUCUUUCAACAGAGAGAAAGUUUGGGGAGACAAAUCAAGAUAGAUAGGAUUGUGACGGAAGUUGUAGCUUUAAUGAGACUAUCAGUUUUCAUUUGGGAACUCAUCGCAGACCACGGGUGGAACCUGCACACUGUUUUCUUUCUUCCUCCAUCACCAGUGGAUCACAGACACUGUCCCCCACCCCUGCCAGGUCUUACCCUGCUCUCCCUUGGUGGGUUUUCUGAACAGGCCCUCCUGUGAAAUGAGAUAGCUUCCCUGCUCACCUGUCCCUUUCCCUUGCUUGAGGCCCCUUAAGGUUUUCCCUGAUGAAAAUACUAAAAACAGGCAAGAAUCAACAAAAUGAACACCUCCCACCACCUCUGUUAAGCUUACAGGAACACUGUCCCUGGUUUUCAUCAGUGGUAACAACCUGCUUCUAAUUUAUCUCAGCCGCAGUCAGGCUUUCCCCGUUGCUCACCUUGCCUGGGAAGCAGCUCCGAGAACACUCCAGCAACCCCUCCACCAGCAGGAGUCAGGACUGGGGCUGGUCUCCACAGCACCUUUGUGUGCACUAGAAAAAAGCCCACCCUCUGCACCAUUGCGGCUGCUUGGGCAGAUGGAUGGCUUUACAAAAGCAGCUCAGGCUGGAUUCUAGUCCUCACUUGCCCACGCAGCAGUGAACCGACCAUAAUGCAGAGCACACACAGCACAGCCACAAGGCAGCCCCAACUCACGUGUUUUCCUCCCUUUUAAAGACUCCUUCCUUAGGGAAUUGAGGGCAGCGAAUGAAACUGGGGGCUGUUACAUCUGAGAAAGGCAUGAGUGAGAUUUCUGUUGUGUUGGGUAGUCAGUUAAGAGACUUCCUGAUUUUUCUUUCCACGUGGGAAAGUCUUAGAUUAUCCUCUGAUACAUCAGAUUGUAAUUCUUUGUAGUUGGUUCUCAUUACAG